AUGGUUUUCGUAGAGGAAAUGGAUGAACUGUCAACGUUGGAUAGCGAUAUUCAAUUGCAGCUUCAGUCCUAUUCUGAGAUUUGUAACGAGGUGCACAAUUUGGAACUUUCAUUGGAAAAGCAAUAUGAACUGGCACAGCAAAUAGAAUUAUAUACGAGUAUAUUAGAAACAAUUGAGGAGGCAGAAAAAAGAUACCACUCUGUAUCUUUGGAGUUGCAAAAACAACGGAGGGAAAAUAGACAUAAAGCAAACAAUGCCGGAUCAAUCUCGUCAGCCAAAAGAUACAAUCAACUACUCAUCAAGUACAAUAUAUCACAGACAGACAAAAAGAAUCUAGAGCGGAACUACACUGAAUUGCAGCAGAAGUAUGAUAAGCUUUUAAGCAAGAAUAAGUCGCAUUUCCAACCUUUAUUGGGCUUAUCAACUUCUCCCACUCGUACUAUUGAUUUGAAAGACUCCAAGUUAUCAUUUAAUUCACCUUCGCAAUUUUCAAUAUCGACACCUUCUCCAACCAGAAGAACUCGUAUUUCACCAUUGCGGACCGGUGUGCAAAAUGCAUUUCAAUCAACACCCAACUUGAAUGGAACAUCAACACCUUCACCUUCGGCUAGGAAAAUUCUCACGGAGUUGUCUGUAAAGAGACAAAUGAAUCUUCAGAAUUCGCCUAAGGCACACAAUGAAACGGCAGAGUUGAAGAAUAGGCUAUUUUCAGAAGAAUCAGGCGAUGACAAUGGCGAUGAAGAAAACGAAAUAGGCUUUUCUAAAGUGGACGUCAAGUCAAUGGAAAAGUUAAACGAGUGCCAAAGCUUGCAUACGGAUAAACAAAGUGACAAUCACAUAUACAGCACACCUCACGGCUCAAAAAGAGUGAUGCUACGAAGAAUUUUGGCAUCAGGAGAAAGAUCGGAGUUAUCACCCACGGCAGUGCUUAGUACACCAUUAUCUGCAACCAGUAAGCGAAGCAGGACAAUAAGCAGUUUAAGAAAGCCGAAUGUGAUCAGGGGAGGACAAAGCAUCGUUGAUGAGAAAAAAACGGCUAUGUUUAGCCCUUUGAAGACUCAAAACAGGAGAAUAAGGAAUAGUAUAUUGAAGAAGAUGAACUAG